AUGCCGGAAGAGUGGAGAAAUAGAGUGCUAGUUCCGAUUUUCAAGAACAGGGGUGAUCUGCAGACCUGUAACAACUGCAGAGGAAGAGGUGCAACAGAUGCAAUAUUUGCUUUGAGAAUGUUGAUGGAGAAGUGCAGAGAAGGCCAGAAGGAUUCGCACUGCGUGUUUGUAGACUUAGUGAAGGCUUAUGACAGGAUGCCGACAGAGGAGUUGUGGCAUUGUGUACGGAUGUCAGGAGUGGCAGAGAAGUAUGUGAAGGUGGUAAAGGAUAUAUAUGACGAGAGCGAAACAGCAGUAAGGUGUGCAGCAGGGAUGACUGAGGGAUCCAAGGUGGAGGAUAAUGUGAAUAAACUUGGCGCAAGGGAGAUGGAGAUCAGUGCCAACGCGGAAACCAAGUGGCGAUGGUCAAGAUACGGAUAA